GGCAUGUCAGCCGAGUUGUCAUAAAUUCACAUGAGUACAGAGAUCGAAUAUUCCAAAUUGAGCUCUCGUGUUUUAUUUUUUAAAUUUCCCAAUACUGCCGGCGGAGGAAGCACAAUGGACGGCUGCCACAACGACAUCUUGGCCCCCCUCAUCCUGGCCGUAAUGGUGGCCAAUGGACAUCCCCUCACCCUGGACGAGAUCGUCGAUGAACUGACGGCGGUGAUCAAUUCUCAGACGGAGCUGGCAGUGGCCCCAGAAAAUAUUGGAGACGGCAAGCAUGGCCAUAAGUCAUUUAACCCUAGACGAAAGUAUUAAGGAGCGUUCCUUGUUCCCUUUCAAGGACAAUUUAAAUUAUAAAGCAAGAACAUACAUAUCGCGGACUCGCGUGAAUUUAUUUUAAUAAACUAACUAACAAAUCA